UGCAGUCGUCCUCUUUUUUCUUUCUGAGACAAGCCGCUGAGUAGGAGGCCAAAAGUAGACGUUCAGCUUGGGAUGCACACGUCUCGAGGGUCUGAAGACGGAUCAAAAAGAGAUAUUGGAUUCUAAAUGAGUGGCUUUGGAUCUGAAAACUAGAUAGGAGAUCAACUCACCUGAGAUGAAGAUCCGUGUGGUCCAGAUCUGGGGAUUCCUGAUGACAGUUUUAGGAUGGAUCUUCGUGGCCUGCACCAUGGCCAUGGAGGGCUGGAAGAUCACCUCCAUCGGGGGCAUGGGGGGCUCCUCCAUCCUCAAGGUGGCCUGGUACUGGUCCAGCCUGUGGAGAUCCUGUUUUACAGACUCAACAGCUGUCACCAACUGUUACGACUACCCUGUGCUGUGGUCUGUGGAGGGCCACAUCCAGAUAGUGCGAGGCCUGCUGAUGUCAGCUCUUUCCCUUGGUAUGCUGGGAUUCGUGCUCAGUCUGUUGGGAAUGGAGUGCACCUUCAUCGGGGGAAAAGACAGGUCAAAGCACAAGAAGAUAUACGUUGGCGGAUGUUUCCACGUUAUCAGCGGUGUGCUCUCCACAUGUGGGUAUGCAGUGUACGCCCAGUAUGUCUCAGUAGAAUACUUCAACCCGGACUUUGAUGGACUGAAGUACGACCUGGGCACCCCCAUGUUCUUGGGAUGGGUGGGCUCUGCCUUCCACAUGGCUGGAGGUUUCUUCUACCUGUGGUCAGUGUGCACGCCGCUCUAUGGAGGAGAGGUGAAAGUAAUAACGGUCAAGGCACUACCAGAUGUGGAGCAGAACAAGUCCACCACAGCUCUGUCCUCAGUGUCCGAGAUCACCUCCAAGACUAAACUGUCCUCCGUGUCCGAGCUGUCGUCCAGGUCUGAGCGCUCGGACCUGUCGGACAUUUCCUCCAGGUCAGGACGCACAUCCAAAUCUGCACGCGCGGCCAAAUCAGGGCGGUCAUCGAAGACAGGGCGAACCUCCAGGUCUACUGAGUCAGCACGGUCUGCGGGGUCCAGGUCAGGGUCAGGGUCAAGGUCAGGGUCGGAGUCCGUGGUCUCAUCGAUGUCUGGCGCAUCAACUGUGUCCGGGUCAAGGAGCAGCGGCAGCAGCAGGACAGUUUCAUCGCUGUCAGGAAGCUCAAGGAGCGGAGCUAAACCGUUCCUCAAAAACUCUUAUAUAUGAGCAAAUGUGAGAUCAAUGGAAGCCCAGAGAAGAAGGGGAAGAGUUCUGCUGAUUCAUUUUCUAAGUCUGUUUUUUUAUCCUGUCUUUAUGUCCCAAAACCAGGUAGAAAAAAGGGAUUUGUGUCAAGAUUUGUGUGUGUUUGUAAUACCAUUAUUAUAUGACAGUAAUGUUACAUAACUUGCGAAAACACAUUGUGUUAGAGUGUGUGGAGAAAUUAAAACUCACCUGGAAAGAAACACAAAUGCAUCUAGUCCUAUUUAGAACAACAAUCAGCCUCCUGUGGCUUAAAUGAAGAAACAAAUAAAUCACUGCCAGAGCUAUUUCUCCCCACCUGUUUUCAUUCAAAAGAUUACAUUGUAAAAGAAAAAAUUCCCUUUUGUAACUUUUUAAGGUUAACCUGGAAAAACCUUUUUUCACCUUUUCUUAAGUCAUUAAAGCAGGAGAGAGAGAUUUUCUAUUCAAUGUAUGAAUCUGUUGUGAAUAAACAUUGUGCAACAG